AAAACGUAAACAAUACGAAAAAAUUUAUUCAUAACACAUUAAAAUGGGAAAAUUUAUAGAUAUUAAGCAUAUAUAUUAGCUUUAAUUAAAGAUGAAAGCAUUGUUGUGGUGUUGUGCAUAUAGUCUUUAGGGUAAGUAUGAAAAAUAAUGUUGGGACAAAUGUAUGUGUUAAAAAUGUUUGCCAUUUCAGAAUCAACGCUCCCACGAGUUAGUCGAAGAUGAAAUCUUUGAAAAGUAUUAUCAAAGGUGAGCAAUUAGUGCGUGAGUCUGAGCACUUGCUGCAGACAAUUGGCAGCGAAGCAAAUGCCGCACUGCGCCAAGCCAACUCAGAGCUGGGUGCGUGUAUAGACGAAUUCCGUGAAAUGUCGCUGCAGGUAUCGAAGGAUGUUAAUCAAUUGCAAGAUACUGUGAUGGCGUUGUUCCAAGCGCGUUAUAAUCCCAUUAAGAUAUGCGAUUUUCUGCUGGAAAACUGUUUAGAGCCACUAAUUUUGAAGCCAGUUUCAUUGGACUACAGCGAAGAAAAUCCCGAACAUGUGCGAUUGACACUUUCAUACUCGUUAAAAGAAAUGAGUCGAAGCUUACGUCCUUCCUACAAGAAAGGGUUUGAAAAUAUUAAGCUGGUUUUGAAUUGUUUAGCCAACAUAAAUGUUUCAGUAUCCAAUGAUCAACAAGUAUUCUCCAUUAUCGGCGAUCAUAUAAAACAACGAUUUUUGAAUUUACUAGUGGAAGAAUGCCUGAUGCAUGCAAUACCCAAAAAUAUGAGCGAAUACGAUGAGUCAACGCUCGUAGAGGAUGUCAUUCAAUUUGAACACUUUCUAGCGGAUGCGAUUCUCAUUAACACAGAAGAUAAAGCUCUUAGCGAUUUUGCCGAAAAAUUUGAAAGCUACUUCCGUGAACAAUUCAGCAAUAAACUUAUAAAAAGCGCGCUAGACAUAAUGCAUAAGGACUUGCAAGAUAUGGCAUUAAUUGCUGAAAAGAAUUCCGCGGAAGAUGUAGCUAAAAAUCCCUUUCUAUUUCCUUGCUGUAUGGUCUCGAAGGGCACACUGGAAUUGAUUAAGUUGAUGGAGCGCAUACUUCGCCAAUCACAUGAUACAGAAGAUGAAAGUCUGUUAAACGUUAUCAGCGUCAUAUUGAUUUCGUAUGUUGGCGAAGUGCCGAAGAUACAUGAGAAGCUUCUAGAAAGCAUACCACAGCAAUCUGCUCUGUUCUAUAAUAAUUGCCAAUUUUUAGCACAUUGGGUGACCACGAAUUCAGAAAAGGGCAUACCCACAUACCCAGGAUUGGUUAAGACCCUACAUAUGAGUGGAAGAAAAUAUUUGAAUGUACAAAUCAAUUAUCAGCAAAAGAUUAUCAUGGGCAUACUCAAAGAAUUUGAUAUUUCCGAUGCACACACAGUUGGCACUGCGCCGUUGAAAUUAUUGCGCCAGUGUUUGCGUCAAUUAGAUUUGUUGAAAAAUGUUUGGCAGAAUGUGUUACCCGAUGCAAUUUAAAAGACAUUUUGCGAUAUUAUAUAUGAUUUUUGUAAUGAAAUAAUACGACGUAUACUCGCAAUGGAGGACAUUUCGGCAACAGUGGCAAGUGAGUUGAGUGAGCUAAUCGGUGUCAUAUUGGAGAAGGCCAAGCUUUAUUCAAGCACAAACAUGAAGUGA